AUGAAGCUACAAAAUACUAACAAGAUAUCGUCUUUGUUGAUUUUAGCGAACCGGCCUUUGACAAUCGAGGAGCUGAGGGAUUCAAUAUCUUCCGAGUUGGAGGGCAACCCACCCUUGUGGAUCACCAGGAGACCAGGCAGAUACGGUGUGGACGUUUACAUUAACAACGCAAUGAUCCUCUUGGAGCAGAGCAAUUUCCAGUCGAAAUUGAAAGUUAACGGCGACACCAUGACUCAGGUCUUGCACAUCAUAAACGAAGUGUUGGAGCCUGUGCGAUCCAACUCAAUGGAAUCACCGGUCUACAACCCAAACGCUUUUCAAUUUCUGAACCAGAGCGAGAAUCUCAAUUUGGGCGACCAUCGCGUACGUACCUUCCGACAGCAGAUCGUCAUCGAGAAGAAGGAACUUAUCUACAAGGCUGAAGGUCGUUUUACUUUCUUCAUUCCCGUUGACGAGGGUUUCAAGCCGGUGCCGAGGCCACGAUUGAUUGAUAAGCUGGUGAUCGACGGGCACGUGAUACCCUCCGAGGUCCUCUUCACCGCACCGACGCCAGACAACGUGCAGUAUCCAACCCUCGUAUUCUCCGAUAAUCUGAAAGUCGUCAUCAGCUUUUCAAAGUCGCAAAAUAAAGUCUACGUUCAAUCGAACACACUGGUAGGCGAUGCGUCUCACACGAACGGAGUGGUGCUGGCGGAAAUAGUGAAGGGAAACAUUCCGGUGCGCAACGGCGUCGUUCAUCUGAUAGCACGACCGCUCAUGGUCGUCGACAACACCGUGCGGGGUUUCCUAGAGUCCUUCAAGGGCAUCGAAAAGGAGGAUGGACCGGUGUACAAGUUUUACGAGACCAUCCGCGAUUUCGGGGACGACAUCAUGACAACCAUCAGUCAUCUGCAUGACGUUACCCUCUUCGCGCCCAGCAACGAGGCACUGAACGAGCCGAACGUGAAGCAGAUGCUGCAAGACAAGAACCGCAUGAAGGAAAUCCUCAAACUCCACUACGUCAAGGAGCGACUAACCCUCGACAAGAUCAAGGACAAGAGUGUCAGCCAAAAAGCAAGAGACUUCGUCGGGAAGUCACAAGUCGGGGUGGCGACCGCCGCUGAGAAGAAGAAGCUCUACUUCAACGUGGUGCAGGGACCGAUGGAGAACCAGACCGUCACAGUGGAAGGCGGUGGCGUGAACGCCACCAUCAUCACCGCCAACAUCGCCGCCACCAAUGGGAUUAUCCACAUAAUCGACAGGCUUCUCGGGGUGCCCUACACCACCGUGCUCGACAAACUCAGGACUGAUCCGAUGCUCAACUCGACCUAUUUGCUGGGUCAACGACGUGGAUUCAAUGAUCAGUUGAACGAUACGAAGAAGCGAUUCACGUACUUCGCCCCGUACGACUACGCCUGGAAAGACGCGGCGAAUAACUAUCCAUCAACUACUAAGAAGCUCUUCAUGCCCGAGUUCAGUUAUCACACGAAGCAGAUAUUGGAGCGACAUCUCAUAAUAGCAGAUCAGGCGUACACGAUGGCGAAGCUGAAAGAAAUGAGCAACGAUACCCUCUACCUCCCAGCGGCCAGGGACAUUUUAAAGCUUCGUAUCAAGGAGCACAGCGAAAAUGAGAGGUACGACGAAAACGCAAUCCGUCCAGAAACAUCCGGCUACCAAGUGGAGUGGGAGGGCAAGAAGAUCCGCGUCAUCCGUCCGGACGUCGAGUGCACCAACGGCAUCAUCCACGUGAUUGGCUCUGUGUUCCUCAAGGAUAGCGACGUCCGGGUGACGGGCGGCGCGUCGCUGGCCACUCUGGCGCCCCAUCUAAUCAUGAUACUGAUAGCCAAGUGGCACCUGUAAAAGCCCUCAUCGCGUCGCAUCGUCUCGUAUCUGCGGCAGGUGCGUCUAUAGGAAUUCUCCUUGGGGGCCGUCUCCUAUCGUCCUCGAGCGGCGGCGACAACGACGACGCAACGCGGGUAGGCACGGUCGAUCGACCCGUUCGAUCGGACUCUCCGAAAGGACAUUUAUUGUGCACAGGGAAAUGAAGGGGAAAGGGGAGGGCGGGGAAAAUUUGAGAAUCCGAAGAUCCGAUGGUGACCGAGAAUCCGCGAGAUCAGAGAUCCAUGGGACUUAAACGAUCCGAGGAUCGACGGGGAUUCGCGG